AAGACGCAAUUAUAUUAUGGCAUUUCACCUUUCCUUUUACGUUGCUCCUCUUUUCCAAAAGCACCCAUCUAUAUAAAGAUUGGAAGGGCACAAAAACCAGAAGCUUUCUCUCUCCUCUCCUGAUUGCUCUGUACUCCAAAUGCACUACUGUAAGUUAAUUCUCUAUCCCUUCAAAAAAUAUCUGCUGAACUUCUCCUCCACAUACUGUUUCUAGCGCAUUAUUCAGAGAGAGAGAGAGAGAGAGAGAGCAAAACGAAGCAAACCCAUUUUGCCAAAACUAGCAUAUUUCAGAGAGAAUGGGAGGUUCCAAAACCCGGCCACCAGGUCCACCUUCAUUCGGCUCCAUUUUCCUGCUAUUUCUCACUCUGUCAUGGGUUUUCCCACCCACCCAUUUUGUCUCAGCAGUCCCACCUCCCCAGCAACCCAUCAAAACCAUUGUGGUUUUGGUUAUGGAGAACAGGUCCUUUGACCACAUGCUCGGAUGGAUGAAAAAAGCCAUUAACCCAUUAAUCAAUGGAGUCACAGGAGAAGAAUGCAAUCCAGUAUCCACCAACCAGACAGACCCAGACUCCAUUUGCUUCUCGGACGAUGCUGAUUUCGUGGAUCCGGAUCCUGAGCACUCCUUCGAAGCAGUGGCGCAGCAGGUUUUUGGCUCUGGCUCUAUUCCUUCCAUGACUGGUUUUGUGGAACAAGCACUCUCAGUGUCCCCAAACCUCUCCGAAACUGUCAUGAAAGGCUUUAGACCUGAAUCUGUGCCGGUCUACGCGGCUUUGGUUCGUGAAUUUGCGGUCUUUGAUAGGUGGUUCUCUGCAAUUCCCGGCCCGACCCAACCCAAUAGGCUGUUUGUGUAUUCUGCAACUUCUCAUGGUUCAACAAGCCACAUUACGAAGAAACUGGCUUUCGGGUAUCCACAAAAAACCAUUUUUGACUCACUUCAUGAGAAUGGUAUGAACUUUGGGAUUUACUUCCAAAGCAUGCCCACAACUUUCUUUUACAGAAAUUUGAGGAAGUUGAAGUACAUAUUCAAGUUCCACCUCUUUGAUUCGAAGUUCAAGAAAGAUGCUUUAAAGGGUAAGCUUCCAAGCUUAACAGUUAUCGAGCCAAGGUAUUUCGAUACACUGGGAAUGCCUGCAAAUGAUGAUCACCCUUCUCAUGAUGUGGCUAAUGGGCAAAAAUUAGUUAAGGAGGUUUACGAGACAUUGAGAGCAAGUCCUCAGUGGAAUGAGACUCUAUUUGUGAUUACCUAUGAUGAGCAUGGUGGGUUCUAUGAUCAUGUCAAGACUCCUUAUAAUGAUGUUCCUAACCCAGAUGGGAACACAGGUCCUGCUCCAUAUUUCUUCAAGUUCGAUAGGCUUGGCGUUCGUGUGCCGACAAUUAUGGUCUCUCCUUGGAUCAAGAAAGGGACAGUAAUAAGUGACUCAAUAGGGCCUACUCCAAACUCCGAGUUCGAGCACUCUUCAAUCCCUGCAACCAUAAAGAAGAUGUUCAACCUCUCCUCUAACUUCUUGACUUAUAGGGAUGCAUGGGCUGGGACAUUUGAGCAGGUUGUUGGGGAAUUAACCUCUCCUAGAACCGAUUGCCCAGAGACUCUGCCAGAUGUGACACCUUUAAGGACCGCAGAAGCAAAGGAAGAUAGUAAGUUAUCCGAGUUUCAAAGUGAGGUAGUUCAACUAGCAGCCGUUCUUAAUGGCGACCACUUCUUGAGCAGCUUCCCAGAUGAAAUGAGCAGCAAAAUGAAUGUGAAAGAAGCACAUGAGUAUGUGGAGGGUGCUGUUGCAAGGUUCAUAAGAGCAAGCAAAGAAGCCAUCAUGUUAGGGGCAGAUGAAUGUACCAUUGUAGAUAUGAGAUCAUCUCUCACCACCAGAUCCUCCAUUCAUAAUUAAUAAAGUCAUCAUCCCUUUUUACUCAA